CUAGGAUGCAACGCGACAAGUUCCCAUCCCAUCCUUGAAUCGGUACACGUACACCACGGCGCCAAGUGGUUCCGGGGGACAGAACGGGUUCGCUUCCGGAAAUGAGAGGCAGUAUCAUGAUUUCCAUCUUCAGAACUGGUUUCCCAAUUCGUUGGGUGUCCUUGUUGCAGCCUCGUCCUUGGUUUUGCAGGAUGCAAGUUUCCAGUUUGCAUGUGGGCAGACCUAUCUCCAUAUCCCCUGAUAAACCACCUACCAUAGAGGCUGAGAAAUUCCAGAUGAUUUAUCGGUUCCCUGGCAUCAAAUUCUGUGGGUCACUGUCCCGGCUGAAAAUUCUACAGACAGGAAUUACUGUGGUAAUAUUGCCACCUGGCUUUUACUUUUAUAUGCAGGGCCUCAUUCCCCUGGACUCCCUCUUUCUCAUGAGUGGUGUUGCUAGCUUUGCCCUAGCCAUGUUGUAUUUGAUUAGCCAUUUCUUUCGUCGGCUUGUUGGGAUCCUUUAUGUAAAUGAGGCUGGCACUGUGUUGAGGGUGGCACACCUGACCUUCUGGGGCCGGCGUCAGGACACAUAUUGCCCAGUGGCCAAGAUAAUUCCUGUAUCUGAUACCAGUGAACACCCCUUUGAUGUGUUCUGUAAGAUAAAACAGUACGAUGGUGAGCAGACCUUCUACUUAACACUUCGUUUUGGACGCAUCCUGGAUAGGAAACGCUUUGUGAAGGUGUUUGGGAAUCUCCAAGGACAUCAUUGAUGGUUUGGCGGAAACAAACUCCUGGAUCUUACAGAAAUGUGCUUUCACAGAAGCUUUGAAUGGUAAAGCAUAUCUCCUAGGACUUAAACUAGAAAGGGAGGCUAAGUGUCAAGAAACUGAGGGUCUGGUAGCAGUCAACAGGCACCUUUUGUGUGUUAGCCGCUUUGUCUUUCAAAGUCAAGAGCUGAAAAAGGAAUGUACUCUGGAACCUUGGAACUGCUUUUAGUGGUGCAGUGAGAAUUGAUUUUCCGUUUGUGUACUUUUUCUGGAAAAAGGAAGUUUCAUCCCUUUCAGAAAGACAGCUUUGUGUUCUCCUCAGAAAUAGGAUUGAAAUCAGAAGGGCAUACUAUCACAAUUGGAUUUUUUUUUUAACCUUUUAAACAGUCAUACACUGUUAAUGUUGCAGUCUAAUAAAAGCAGUUUUGGGGGUUGA